UACGCGUGUUCAAAGAAAAGGGUUCUGGAAAAGAUCCACUUCUUUUCAAGUGGAGACACUGAAGUUCUGUUCAUAAGAUGCCAGCGAUCUCCGCGAAGUAUCCAGGGAUUCAACUCUUAUGUUCCAAUUAAAUUAAUUUAUAAGGUUCACCCCUAAAAGGCAGCUUAACAAAGGUCGGUUGUGGUUAAAUGCAGGGUGACGUUUUUUGGACGUUUUUCACAGUCGUAUGACAAGCUUUCCAUGUGCUUCGUGGUAUUCCUACGUCAAGAGCCUCAAGACUGUUUCUAAAGAAAACAGGAUGCGAUGAAAAUAGCCAUCCCUCUUGACAUUCCAGCGCCAGCCAGUCAAUCUAAUGCGAAAUUAAACGCCCAAUAUCUCAUAGCCCAUAAGAAAAAUAAACCAACUGAUGAAGGCGGAUAAUGAGUUAAUUAACUUAACUUAGUGUAAAUAUGUUUAUCAGUAGAGAGGACGGCAUGCUUGCAUCGCUAAAACAUAUACUUCUUGUCACCGCCAGUAAUGUCUAAAAACCAUAAAAUAUCUAUAAACAGCCUCAGUGACAAGGGCAUGCCCCGAAGACUGCGCACCUUAAGCUAGAGAACGGAAUCCGCUCAAUAAAAUAAUUAUUAUUGUCAUAGUCAGGUUGAACUCGACGCCACCCACCCGGUUAUACAGUAUACAGCCCGCCACGUCCCCGGAUUCUUAUUGAUCCAAUUUUCGGAUUACCAGGCUUUUCACUUGGCAAAUACCAACAAUAGACUUUUAAUCCGCUAAACUAAACACCCGAAAGGAGAUACAUCCCAUACAUUGGACCGGCUCCCGACAAAGAAAUCCCAGAUCGUAAUCUGUACAGGAUCACUCUAGCAAGCGGAUGACGAAUCGUUUAGUGGGGAGGACAUUACAUGUAUAUCUACUCUAUGUAUAUGUCUGCCAUCAACGGAGAAAAGUGAAGAUGAGAUAAAUCAACAAAUCGUCAUUAGUGCAACACUGUCUGACAAUCAACAUAGCCUUGUCAUCGGGACCUCACCUAGUGCGAGCGGUUGAACUUCAAAGGCUUCUCUUUUGUUCAUCGCUCCGUACAAGACUCGAGUAUUGUUCAAACUCCCGUCCAUCGGCCUGAGAUCAAAAAUAGUUGCCUGCCAUGAGCUCUAGAGAGGGUGAAGAGAGGAGAGUAACCUCGUUCAGAAUUGACGAUAUUCUAGCCGUGCCACACUGCUCUAGCAAUCCCGUGAACGAUGCGCGAUGUACAGCAACCCCUCUACCACCACCGCAAAUGCAGCUAAACUUCGGAGUCGACCAAAUCCUCGCGCCCAAAGAUGAAGAGUCAAGACGGCGACUCAGUUACGGUGAACCAGCAUAUCACAGCUACUGGACCAUGUCACCCUACAGCGCGCAUGCACAAUCGUAUAUUUGUAACACAAGCUGCGAAGCCUGCUAUGGCUCCCCCUCGUACCAGUACCUCCCCAAUGGAUGCACAGGAUUCUACCCAGAUUAUCGAUCUUCCUUAAGCAAGGCACACUUGGUACAAGUUCUUCCCGGCCAACAUAAACCGCGCAAGCCAAGGAGACCUUGGACCCGUGCAGUGUUUUCCAACCUGCAACGCAAAGGACUUGAGAAACGUUUUCAAGUUCAGAAAUACUUAACAAAAGCAGACCGUCAUCAGCUUGCGUCCAUGCUCGGCCUCACGGAUAACCAAGUCAAGGUCUGGUUUCAGAAUCGACGAAUGAAAUGGCGGCAAGAUGCGCGAGAGACUGUUACGGGGACUGGGGACGAGGAGUUAGGGAAGCAAGCGUAGUGUCGUAUAAAUAUCUUGUGGCUUGUAACGGCUUGCGCAUGCUCUGGACCGCUGGACCGUACCCGGGUUGCAGGCGCGUACCUAGAGGGGGGCGCAUAGGGUAUGGACAUCCCCUCUCCCCGCCAAAAAGUGGUUUAUCGUCAAAUAUUAUCCCUAUCUAUAUGCUACCUUAUCUAUGCUACCUAUGACUGCGCACCCCCUCCCCCCUUAAAAUCCUGGGUACGCGCUUGUGUUGUAUUUAAGUGGAUCGCUGUCGGCGCCAAGUGAUCGAUAGUUCGCUGGACUUAUAUCGUUGAAUCCGCUGCACCGACGGAUUAGAAAUACAGUCAUUUUAAAUGAAAAAACGAAGGAACAACCCAGCUUUAGCAAUCUUUAUUUAAAGAGUUAAGAGUUUCUCACCAGGAAGAUGUUCUCUAACACUUAUUUUCAGGGAGAUUUUUCCUAUUGAGAAAAAAGACAGAAUGGAAUGAAGGAGGGUUUUAAGGUUUUUGAAAUGUAGGGUGUAACGACCCGAUAACUCGAGCUCAAGUUAUUCGAGCUUUCAGCGUACUUGAUCUGUCUUUAAGUUCCUUUAUAUACUUUUUAAACCUCGUACUACUUUUUUUCUUCCCUUUAAGAUUCGGCUUAACGAAGCUCAACUGUAAAAUAAUUUACACAAUGUGAAAAAUUGCGUCACAGAACAAAAUCAAAUAUUGUGUUGUGCAAAUACAGUACUAAAUACCAAAA